AUGUCGCUCUGUGAGCUGGAUUGUGUUGACUACAGAGAGAUAUCGUUGAAAGUUUCUAGAGAACUGCAGGCGAUGCGCGAUAAGCGAGAACCGCCAAAAUUGCGUUUUGCGCUGAAGUGGUUGCACGGCGCUGGAGUAAGCGCCCACAAUAUCGCUGAGUUGGUUCAUAAUGUGUCGUUUCCUCGUACGAACAAACCGCACUGGGUCUCGGUGCAGCCUUCCGGUCGUGCUGUUCUGCAGACAGUAGUAAUUCGAAUUCAGUGUCAUAUCAAUACAGUUAUGGAAGUUGGCGAACCGGGCUCUUACAUUGAUGAGUUUUUUGGCCGGAACUUUUUCCUCCAAAUGCGACCAGACGUUCAAGACACCGAAAUGUUUUGGAGCAAUUUGUUGAACAUCGCAGUCUCGAAUGCGGAACGUACAAAAAGAAUUGCGACUAAUGGUGAUAUUCUCAAGCCGUUUAUCGAUUUUGAUGAGAAUCGCGAAAUGUUGGUUACACUGCGCCAGAUGACUGACAAUGGUUACCCUUUUCCGGGCAAGCGCACUGGCUAUCCCAACAAUCUCUCGUUACCUCCGAUUAUUCCAACAAAAAAAAUGUAUGGCAUUGCUAGCGCGGAUUCACCAUUUUUUGCUAUCGACUGUGAAAUGUGUGUCACAGCUGGAGGAAAUGAGCUCGUGCGAAUUUCACUUGUUGACGAGAAUUUGGAUGUGUUGUUGGAUACGCUGGUGAAGCCAAGAAAUAAAAUCACUGAUUAUAUGACAAAGUACAGUGGAGUUACUAAAAGUAUGCUGGACAACGUAUGGGUGCGAGUCGAAGAUGUCCAGAAAGCUUUAUCACACAUCCUUCCGGAUAAUGCAAUUUUGGUUGGGCACACGAUAGAAUGCGAUCUGAAUGCUCUGCGCCUCUCACAUCCGUACUGUGUUGAUAUAUCGCUUUGUCUGAAUUUGUCUGGGAACGAACGCCAGCGAUCUUCGUUAAAGACGCUGGCAAAGAUAUUUUUGAAUGAGGAAAUCCAGGGUGAUGAUGGCCAUUGUUCCGUUGAUGAUGCUAUGAUAACUAUGCGAUUGUUGAAAUACAAACUCUCUCAAGGGUUAAACUUCUAA